UCCACUGUAAAAUUAUAUUUCAUUUUGCAGGGUGUGUGUUAUGUGACGAGACUCUCAGAUAUUGCUGUAGCCAGGAGGAUGAUGGCACGUCUCAGCGAGUCACAGAUCUCAACAUAUGUUGUGGUGCCAGCCCUACCACGUGCUGCCUUGCUUGAAUGGCAGACAUGGGGGUGUGUGGAAAACGACAAGUUUGAAUAUGAGGAGAAGGGUUACUCAAGAGGAAAUGUUAAUGUAAGAUUAAGACGAAGAUGGUAUCAUGACAACUCUGUGUGUGCAGUCAACACAACAGCCAGUUGUUUUUCAUCCGAAGACCUAACUUGUGAGAUACUAGAGGAAGUUAUUCAGUACACAAUAAGCAAAGCAGAAACUACAAUGCCCUUUGGGCUGACAUUAUUUUACCGUAGUGGUGGUGUGUCUCGGUCGUUACUGCAGCAAGCCAUAGUUCAGACAGUGCCGCAGGGUCUAGCAACAACAUCGCUAGUGCCAGUCUUGGCUGUGGAAGACAAUCAUACACUUUUGACUGUAACUGCAACACGCUAUUAAUUAUCCCAUGUGUUAGACCGUUAACCGUUGGUGCAUUCAAUCACGACUUUUGUAUUUUAUACUGUAACAGUUUGCAUGCAAAGGUACUAUCAUAAGUCAUUAUGCUUAAUGCAUUAUCUGCCAUUGUUAUGGUGUAAGCUUGGAACUCAAAUUGUGCAACAUAACUAAAGUAUUUGUUGUAAAACAUUAUGAUUAUAAAUAUCAAAUUUAGAACUGCUGUAAAAAUUUUAUAUAAAUAUAUAUGAAAACUGUAAUUUAAUUGUGAGGUUAUAUACAUCAAGUUGAUAAAUC